AAUUUGUUUCCUUAUUUCUUUGAGCCAUAGACUUCCUAUGCAUCUAGAGAUGUCAUAUAGCUGAUUAGAAAGUGGAGUUAAGUGGGUGCAGAUCUGUGAGAUCAUAUUCUUCCUCCUGUCCAUGAUGUAUCGGACAGUAGGAUUUGGCACCCGAAGUAGGAAUCUGAAGCCAUGGAUGAUUGCCCUUCUCAUUGUGUUGUCCCUGACAGUGGUGGCGGUAACCAUAGGUCUUCUGGUUCACUUCCUAGUAUUUGACCAAAAAAUGGAGUACUAUCGUGGCUCCUUUAAAAUUUUAGUUCCACAGAUCAAUAGCAAUUUUGGACAAAACAACAUAUACCAAUCUAAGGACUUACGGGAGACGACUGAAAAUUUGGUGGAUGAGGUAUUUAUAAAUUCUGCCUUGAAGAAGCACUAUAUCAAGAACCAAGUAGUCAGACUGACUCCAGAGGAAGAUGGUGUGAAAGCAGAUAUCAUUAUGGUAUUCCAGUUUCCUUCUACUGAGCAAAGAGCAGUAAAAGAGAAUAAAAUCCAAAGCAUCUUAAACCAGAAGAUAAGAAAUUUAAGAGCCUUGCCAAUAAAUGUCUCAUCAGUUCACGUUAACGCGAUGAGCCCAUCAGCAGGGGAGUCAACCGUCCAAGCAAGUUGUGGUAAACGAGUUGUUCCAUUAAAAGUCAACAGAAUAGCAUCUGGAGACAUUGCACCCAAGGCCGCCUGGCCUUGGCAAGCUUCUCUUCAGUAUGAUAACAUCCAUCAGUGUGGGGCCACCUUGAUUAGUAAUACAUGGCUUGUCACUGCAGCACACUGCUUCCAGAAGUAUAAAAAUCCGUAUCAAUGGACUGUUAGUUUUGGAACAAAAAUCAACCCUCCCUUAAUAAAAAGAAAUGUCAAAAGAUUUAUUAUCCAUGAGAAGUAUCGCUCCGCCGCAAGAGAGUAUGACAUUGCUGUUGUGCAGAUCUCUUCCAGAGUCACCUUUUCAGAUGACAUACGCAGGAUUUGUUUGCCAGAAGCCUCUGCAUACUUCCAACCAAAUUUGACUGUCUACAUCACAGGAUUUGGAGCACUUUACUAUGGUGGGCAAUCCCAAAAUGAUCUUCGAGAAGCCAAAGUGAAAAUCAUAGGUGAUGAUGUCUGUAAGCAACCACAGGUGUAUGGCAAUGAUAUAAAACCGGGAAUGUUCUGCGCUGGAUACAUGGAAGGAAUUUAUGAUGCCUGCAGGGGUGAUUCUGGGGGACCUUUAGUCACAAGAGAUCUGAAAGAUACCUGGUAUCUCAUUGGAAUUGUGAGCUGGGGAGAUAACUGUGGUCAAAAGGACAAGCCUGGAGUCUACACACAAGUGACUUAUUACCGAAACUGGAUUGCUUCAAAAACAGGCCUCUAAUUCACCAUAAACGUUAAAACAAGGAGAGCUGUAUGCAGGUCAUAUAUGCAUGAGAAUCCAACUAUUUAGUGGGUGUGGUACAGCAAAGUGAUAUUAAAUUACUGGAUCUGGCAACAUGAAACACAACAUAACUUAUUUAGAAUCACUUUAAUCAACCAAUAAUCCUUAGCCAAUUUAUAAGGGACUUUUAUUUGUAAAGUAAUGGAUCUUAAGCCUGGGUUGAAAAAUACAGUAGAGAUAAUUAGCUCUUUAAAUCACAAACGUUGAAGUACAAAUGAGACUCAAUACAAAUUUUUGAAGAUAGGCCAUGAGAUUUUUAGAAUGUCUUUGUCAAGGGUCUCCUUUUAACAGGGAAACUUUUUGAACAGACAGAGUUCAUUCAGGAAACAUUUGCAUAAUUCCCUACAUUUCUCUAGACCUCACAAAUACUUUUUUUUCCUUAUGCAAAGCACUUUUCCAUCAUAAGAAACGAAUUUUCUACUUCUAAACCCAUUUGAGGGAUACCAGUAAAAGAAAGUCAUAUGUAGGAAAUGAAGUCUGAUUGUAAAACAAGCCAGAGAUACUGUAACCUUUUUUUAGUUAUAAAAUCUCUAAUUUUUUGGUGACUUUUCUACACAUGUGCGUGCACACACACGAACACACACAUAGAUCUUUCUAUCCUACAGAUACAACCAGAAAAAUCCUGAUUAAUAAAUAGUAUAUUAGUGAUUAGUUCAUCAAAACUAUGUAUUUGUUAAAAAUUUGGGGGAAGGUGAUGGUAAUUUCAUGAGUUGUCUCAAAACACUACUCAGUGAAUUAGCCAUUUCAUUGAUGCACUUACAUAUUUUUACCACAAGGGGGAAAUUUUGUACAUUACUUUGUAUGGUUAAAUACCUGAAAAAAUUGAUAAUUUACUAAUACCUUCAAAAAAUCAAAGAACAUUGCCUUCCUCUGUAGCAAGAAAAAAUUUAUGCCCUUGUAUUGCUACAGUCAAAUAGCUUAUAAAGCUUAUGGCAAUGUCCCAAGUAUUGCAACCAUAAAACCCUAGUUUUUGAAAAAUUUGAAAACAUCAAAUUUGAGUACCUACUACAUAUAACACAUGAACAAGGUAGUCCAAAAGAGAAAACAUCCUCCAUAAGCAAUGUGUAUCAUGAAGUAAUUAGAAGAGCUCAUGUAUUUUGUAAUACAAUUAAAUACAUUUAUUUUGUAAUAAAUUAAAUUCCAUAUUCUGUGGAAGCAUCUAUUCUGCUUCCACAGAAUAUGGAAUGCCUGUGAAACAUUAUGGUCUGCAGGCUGAGGAGUCAUUUACUCAUGUAGUCAAAAUAUAAAACAAAUCAUUGGAACAAUGAGUUUACUUUAUAAUAACUUCCCUCACGCGCAAUUGAGAGGUAUGAAAAUAAUCCUAAGAUAUCUAAAAGAGAUAUGCAGUUCAUUCAUAAAACAUUUGAUUCAUAAUUUAGACUCAUAGAGUUUUAGAGCUUAGAAGAGAUUGCACAUCACAUAGGCUAAUACACUUGUUAAGUGUAAGAGAACUGAAGCCAAAAAACAUAAAUGACUCAGUGAAGCAGUAGGUUGACUUGCAUCACCAUUGGGCCUAGAACACAGGUACCAAUUUCAUCUUCCCUUUUUCUUACCAAGUAUCUUUAUUAUCCCCUAUAUUUAUUGAAUCAUCAGAUCUAUAAAAUUUUAAGUGAGAUCUAUAAAAUCUGCCUUAAGGUAGAAAACUCUUAAGGUAAGAAUUUUAAAUGACGAGAUUCAUUUAGGCAGCUGGCUGCCGAUUCUCUGAAUUCACUUCAAGACAAAGUUUCUUCUUCAUAUAUAAUAUACAUAAGCAUAUAAGUUAUUCUAUAUCAUGGGUGGUAAAAUUUAAUGCUGACUUUAGAUGUUCCGAUUCAGGAAAUGAUCUUAGAAUUAUAAAUACUGUAUUUUUAAACUAUUUGGUGCAGCAUUUCAUUUUGGGUCACAUGUAAGCAGAUAUUGAUAUGUCAUUUUUAAUCUAAUAAAGUUGGUGAUCAGAGCAUUCGACAAACAAUAUCACUGAGUUUGUUUUAGGCCAAUAUCAUGAAUUUUUCAACUGUUGUUAAAAAUCACAUUUCUUUUAAAUAGUAGUUUGGAUCAUGCUGAAGCUGAGUUCACAAACUUGGCACUAUUAAUAUUUUGGCCUGGAUAAUGUUUUAUUGUAAGGGGUUAUCCUGGUCAUUGUAGAAUACUUAGCAGCAUCCCACUAGAUGCCUGUAGCAUACCCCUUUUCCCAAAUUAUUGUAACCAAAGAUAUCUCCAGACAUUGGCCAAUGUCUGGAGAUAUUCAACCCUAAGGUAUAAAACUGGCCCCUAUUGAGAACCACUAUUCUGGAUUUAUUUGAUCAUUUUUAGAAAUGUGAGAGACUCCUCAAAAUCAUGACACCAAAUAUUAAGAAACUAUAGUUUUCUGAUCAAACUGAAUAUUCACUAUCAUGUUCCAAAAAGAAAUAACAGAAUACAUGACUGGUGCUUCAGUCUGUGACUGUUUCAAAUACAGACUGAUCUCUCCA